CCUCGGCGGCGGCGGCCGCCCCUGCUCGAUCUUUGCCGCCGCUCGCUCGACCUGCGCACCCUCGCCGCCGCAGGAGUUCGCCCCUCCUAGCGGCGCCGGUGGGCUGGCGCGCGCUCUUCCGCGACCUCAGCCCGGUGUCUGCGCGGCGGAUGACUAUCCCGUGCCGCGAUUGCUUCGGUUCGGAUUUUUUCUGUUCUGUUAGGAUGCGGUUGGUUUCGUGAGCUUUGGGGUUAGGCCGCCCGUUUAGGUGGUUGGUUCGCGAUUUUCAAUCUGCUUCUGCCCUCGCGCCGGACGCACUCCGCUCCCGUCCCGCGUCGUCCUGCCGCAGUGGGUACCCGUCGCUGUCGCGCAUUUGAACCGCGUCAAAUCCAAAGCUUUUCUUUUUUUUCUGCGCGUGCGUUUGGCUGCCUAAUCCAAAAUUGUUCCAAACCUUCUUUUUGUUUCUUGUGCGUGUAUGCUUGAGCGCCUAAUCCAAUUUCGUUAGCUUCCGUGCCAGUGAACCGAAUUCCAGGCCGCCUCGUUGAACGGGAGGUCCCCCCAGAUCGGAAUCCGGGAGUAAAAUAGCCCGGAAAAUGGUGCUUUAUCAAAAACGGGAAAUUCCCCAUUCAAUUUCAUCUUGUACAAGUCUCGGAGCGUUUGGUGGGAGGCUAGGAGCAUUUAAUCCCUCCCACGUUCUUGGGAGGCUUCCAUCUACCUGCUUCCAUCUUGGUUUCAGUUCUGCAGGCGUUGUGGUUUUUGAUCCGUGUGACCGAGGGUAGGAAUUUGGUUUGUCCUUUAUGAAUCCCAAGGGCUCUGCUUGCUAAAGGGAGGGCAAGGCAAGUUGGAAUCCGAGAUGAGGGGCAGAAAUGAUGCAGGGCAGAGCAAGAGGCCCAUUUUGCUGUGCUGCAUGAUGAUUGUGUGCCUAUGCCUUCUCUUCCUAUAUUUCUCGGGCUCCAACGGGCAGGCUAAGAGCACCGCGUUUGAGUAUGGAACCAAAUUCUCGCGUACACUUGGAUGGGGCAGUGAUGAUGGUGAGGAUGGCUCUGAAGAAUCCGUUUUUGGGACUGGGGAUGCAGAUGAUAUUAAGCCCAAGAGCUUCCCUGUGUGUGAUGAACGGCACUCAGAGCUGAUCCCCUGCUUGGAUAGGAACUUGAUAUAUCAAAUGAGGCUGAAGCUGGAUUUAAACCUGAUGGAGCACUAUGAGAGGCAUUGCCCUCCUCCUGAAAGGCGCUUUAAUUGCUUGAUUCCUCCACCACAUGGCUAUAAGGUUCCUAUAAAAUGGCCGAAAAGUCGUGAUGUAGUGUGGAAAGCAAAUAUUCCACACACUCACCUUGCAAAAGAGAAGUCAGACCAGAACUGGAUGGUUGAAGCGGGUGAAAAGAUCAAGUUUCCAGGUGGUGGAACCCAUUUCCAUCAUGGAGCUGACAAAUAUAUAUCAAAUAUUGCAAAUAUGCUAAAUUUCAAAGCUAACAAUAUAAACAAUGAGGGAAUGCUUCGUACAGUUCUUGAUGUUGGUUGUGGAGUUGCUAGUUUUGGAGGAUACCUUCUUUCUUCUAAUGUGAUAGCAAUGUCUUUGGCACCAAAUGAUGUGCAUCAGAACCAGAUUCAAUUUGCACUUGAAAGGGGGAUCCCUGCAUAUCUUGGUGUUUUGGGAACAAAAAGGCUUCCGUACCCAAGUAGAUCAUUUGAAUUAGCCCAUUGUUCACGUUGUAGGAUUGAUUGGCUUCAAAGAGAUGGGAUUCUUCUGCUUGAAUUAGACAGAUUGCUCAGGCCUGGAGGUUAUUUUGCUUACUCCUCUCCUGAAGCAUAUGCACAAGAUGAGGAGGAUCUCCGAAUCUGGAAAGCAAUGAGUGCUCUUGUAGAAAGGAUGUGCUGGCAAAUCGCAGAGAAAAGAAACCAGACUGUUAUUUGGGUUAAGCCUCUGAACAAUGAUUGUUACAGGAGACGAGCACUUGGAACGAAGCCACCUCUAUGCAAAAGUGGUGAUGAUCCAGAUUCAGUGUGGGGAGUGCCAAUGGAAGCUUGCAUUACUCCUUAUCCAGAACAAAUGCACAGAGAUGGAGGAACUGGGCUGGCUCCCUGGCCUGCUCGAUUAACAACCCCGCCUCCACGUCUUGCUGAUUUGUAUGUUACUGCUGACACAUUUGAAAAGGAUACGGAAAUGUGGCAGCAAAGAGUAGAAAAUUAUUGGAGUUUGUUGGGCCCAAAGGUGAAACCAGACACUAUUAGAAACAUUAUGGACAUGAAAGCAAACUUUGGGUCAUUUGCUGCCGCACUCAAGGAUAAAAAUGUAUGGGUGAUGAAUGUUGUGCCACAUGAUGGACCAAGCACCCUGAAGAUAAUCUACGAUAGAGGACUGAUAGGCAGCAAUCACGACUGGUGUGAAGCCUUCUCGACCUAUCCUCGAACAUAUGAUCUUCUCCACGCAUGGACAGUCUUCUCCGACCUUGACAAAAGAGGUUGCAGUGCGGAAGACCUGCUCCUUGAAAUGGACCGUAUCCUCAGGCCAACUGGGUUUAUCAUCGUGAGGGACAAGAGCAUUGUCACUGACUUCAUCAAGAAGUAUCUCCAUGCACUUCACUGGGAAGCAAUAACUGUUGUAGAUGCUGAAACCAGCCCAGAAUCUGAGGAGAAUGAAAUGAUCUUGAUAAUCCGGAAGAAGUUGUGGCUACCAGAAGCAAGCUCGCAGGAUUCUACCAUGUAAUCCUUUUCGUUCUAUUCCCUUUUGCGCUCCCAGCAUCCGCAGCCCAGAAGCCGAGAAGCGAGGCUCAGCUGCACCGACCAAGAUGAUUCUAUAGCAUCGCUCCUGAGAUAGGGUCCGGUUCUUGAUUUCUAGCCCUACCACCCACGUGAAGAUAGAUUGUUUAUCAGGAUAUGGCAAAUAUGUAGCAGGCUUGGGCUAAGAACAAAAAAAGCCUAUUUUUGUCGCAAGGUAUACUGCAAAAAUGUUUGUUCUCUAGUCUGAUUAGGAAAUAAAUAUUCUUUUUUGUUUAAUUCUUGAGCUUCAUUUAGGUAUCUUAAAGUCCAUUUAUUGAAGUCUGCUGUAGUAUCCCAAACAGAUUUGGUGUUUACUGCAAGGAACUUCGACUGUACACGCAUUUUGGGUUAUGAGCUUUGCCCAGGAGCCUCAAGGCUGCUGGUCACCAAACCGAAA